AAUAAAAAUGGUGUUUCAUCAAACGACCAGAAUGGGGCAUCAAAAACUCCAACUGAACCAGUCGACCAGAAAGUUGUGAAGGAAGGAAUAUUUACAAGGUUCAAGAACACAUACAAACAACAUGGAAAGAUUUUCAUUGGCGUUCAUCUAGUGACAUCUGCAAUGUGGACUGGAAUGUUUUACUAUGCUGUAGUCAGUGGUGUUGAUGUUGUGGCAAUGCUCGAUUGGCUAGGAGUAAGUCAAACAGUGAUUGACAAGUUGAAGUCUCCAUCGCUGGGAUACAUAGCAGCCACAUACCUCCUUUACAAACUGGCCACACCCCUAAGGUACACUGUGACAAUUGUGGGCACAAGAUGGGUGGUAAAGUACCUGCAGAAGAGUGGCAAAAUGCCCGCAACCCCGGAAGAAAAUAAGAUCAGCUCCCUUCUCAAAGAA